AUGUCCUUGGGCGUUCGCCUCAUGGAUGAGGGCGAGCUCGAGCAAGCGGUCGACGUGUUUACUCGAGUGAUCGCGCGUGCCCCGAGCUUCGCAGAGGCCUGGCACAAGCGUUCCAUCGCGCACUUCGCGCAGCAGAAGUACCGCGAAGCCGUGGAAGACUGUGAAGAGGCUUUGGCACUGCGACCCUUGCACUACUGGUGCCUUACAGGGAUGGGUACAUGCCACUACGAGCUCGGAGAGAAGCAAAAGGCCAAAGAUUGCUGGAAGGCAGCCUUACAAGUGUGCCCUUCGAUGCCGGGAGCGCCGGGGAAGCUCAGGAGGAACGGGGGAGAGGUCAACGAGAAGAUGGAUUUGCAGCUUGGGCCUCGCAUGGAUUGGCUCAUCAGCAGUUUCCAGGAUGGCGAUCCACAACUCCAGCCCGCGGGAUCCAGCCACUGGGAUGUGCACCGCAUCCGGAUGGACCAGGAGAAGUUCCCGAACGUGUGGGCCUACUUCUUCCGGCUCUCGUUGCGGCCGGGCGUCAGGCGGCACGUGAAAAGCGUGGCACGCUUCUACCUGCUUAAGGGCUCGGACGGGAAGGUCUUCCCCUUCACGCGGCCGACCAUCGGCUCAGCGGGCUUCAGCCUGAAGCCGGGCGAGGAAUACAAGUUCUGCUGGUGUUUGGUGGUGGGCCGCGAGAUCCAACGGGUGCUGGCAGGACAACUCUUCGAGGCCGACGGGGCCGAGUUGGAGGAGGCCGAGUCCUUCCACCGCGAGGAGCUGCCGAUGCUCUUCCCCACCGGCGCGCCCGAGAUCGAGCUGGCGGACGCCGAAGCCUUGGGUCCCGGAGAUGGCUACGCCUUCACGGGGCACCUCGACCUCUUCAACAUCGCGGGCUUCUGA